AUGCCACAGACUCCGGGACACUCGCGCAAUCAUUCGGGCGUUGACGCUGCGUACCAGUACAAUAGCGUCAACUCCUCCCCUCAAAAUAGACGAACAUCCAGGUCCUCCGCCGAUCCCGCAACGCCCUUACGCAGCAGCUUCAACAACCAAGAUGCUCUGGAUAUCUCAUAUGCAAGCGGAGGCAACGGCCUAGGCAAUCUCGCAGACGAACUGGCCGACGCCUUCUCCGACUCCGGAGACGAAGGAGAAUAUUACGAAGAAGAGACAAAUAACGCCGAAAACAACGGAAGCGGGACACCAAAUAUCAAUGUUGAAGAAGCCACCUUCGAGGGAAUAAGGGACAGCGGGGUUGAUGUCGCAAGUCUCGGCGAAGCCGGCGGCAAGGGGAAGAACUUCAACCUAGGGCCACCACCAGCCGCUCAACGCGGUCAUCGACGGAGCGGGAGUGAAUACGACGGAAGCGAAUAUGGAUCCGAGUCUGAUCUUGACUCCCCCGGCAUGCUGCCCAGCCUGGUCGCCAAGAUGGACGCUGUCGAGUCUUUGGCGAGGAGGGGGACCGAGAGCAAUGGAGGACCUACGGAUGGUGUCUUCAAGCGGGUGACGGAGGGCUUGAGAGAUUUGGGCUCUCAAGCCGGCGUCGAGGGCAGUGCGACAAGGCAAGUUCGAGACGGUUCCCCCACGGCUGUGGUCACCCGGCAACUACACAACUUGACCUUCCCACUCCUCUCUCCACUUGUUCCGCCGCCGGAUUCGGAGACCAUUGAUGAGCUGCUACCCCUUUUGAUCGAGCUAUCCGAGUCGAUGCCGCGACCGACGACGAAAGCCUACGACUCCCUCACCGCCCUCCACACUCUCACCUCCGACCUCGUCCAGAGUCUCAACUAUCUCUCAGACACGCUCCACAUGUCCAGGCAAACAACCACAACGGCCAUGCGUCGGUUGAAGAGCGCCAAGGAGCUGGUUGCCGAGAUCAAGAGGGAAGAAGAGCUCCGCGAAGAGGGCGAGAGGUGGAUCAACCGAGGUAACUGGAGCGAGAGGCUGGCCAAUCGUGAGUGCGCGAGCGUAUGCGGAGAUGUCGUCGGCGGGUUCGAGGAAGUAUGCAACAGCUGGCGGGCCCGAUUGCUGGAGCAAGCCGGCGCUGCACAGGCCUAGGUGCGUUCACACGUACGGAAUUGAAAGGUUCUGAUAGGCAGAGUUUGGGGUAAUUGCCAGAGGGGGUUCGAGAGGCGGAUUACUGACGUUCCCCAAAGUUGGCUAAUAACUGGACAAAUGAGGUUUGGGCGGAUAGACAUCAAGGGCGUGCUUUUGGGUAGAUCCGGGAUCUUUUGGCGGAAUUCCCAGCGCUCUCAAACUUGUUAGACUACAUGAAUUUUACGAGUCGAUGAAACAUGAAAAGCUGUGCCUAAGCAGGUAUCGUUGCCUAUCGAAGGGAAGCAAUACCAAGUGCAAA